AUGGACGCUGAGUCAGUGCCAUUUUCAUUCGAGAGGAUCUACGGACUGGCAGGCCCUGGUGUAGGAGCAGCAGGUGACGGCGCAGAUAGGACAGGGUACGCCAGUGAAGAGCCCUGGCUGGCACAGCCUGUGGUCAGCCUCCAGGGACCCAAGUCUGUGGCCGAGGACGGUCGUGGGUGGACGGGGCAGAGUCAGUUCCCGGCUUUCGAAACUUUCCUCGGAGAGCCCAAGGUGGUGUGGCUGCAGGGGCGUGGCGGCAGCUGGACCUCGGGGUCCUCGGCAGAGCCCGGCCGCUCCCCCAGCCUCUGCGUGUGCCACCCGGCUGCCGUGGUCUACCGUGGCUCACACCUGUACGGAGCCAGCCGUGGACGCUGUGUUCUGCACCGCACAGACGCAGGAGCAGCUGGGGGCAGCGCUGGCGGCGGCCAGCUCAAGUUUCCUCCUGCACCCAGACCUGCCCCCCGUUCACUGGUCCAGGGGCCACGGCUGUUUCGAAACCUGCUGGGGGCCCGAUACAGAUCGGCCGGCCUCUCCUGGAACUCGCCGCCCGCGCCGCCAGCCGCCAUGAUCGAGGAGAUGACGCCUGCAGACUGGUACCUGGACGAGAACAGCAACACCACGUACGAGGAGUACGAGGACAGCCAGCCCUGCCUCCUGCACAAGGUGCGGGCCUUCUCCCAGCUCUUCCUGCCCAGUACCUACGCCCUGCUCUGCGUCUCGGGCCUGCUGGGCAACGCCCUGGUGGUGCUGACCUUCGCGCUGUACAAGAAGGCCAAGUCGAUGACCGACGUGUACCUGCUGAACCUGGCCGUGGCCGACCUGCUGCUGCUGCUGACCCUGCCCUUCUGGGCCAUGGCACACGCGCAGGGCAGCUGGGACUUCGGCAACGCCAUGUGCAAGCUCGUCAAGGGGCUGUACACGGUCAACUUCCACUGCGGCAUGCUGCUGCUGGCCCUGGUCAGCCUGGACCGCUACGUGGCCAUCGUGCAGGCCCCGCGCUCGCUGCGGCUGCGCGCCCAGAUGCUGGCGCACCGCAGGGCCAUCUGCCUGGUCGUGUGGCUGCUGUCUGUGGCGCUGUCCAGCUACGCCUUCGUCUUCUUCGAGAGCUACCCGCUGCAGGGCCGCGAGGCGUGCGAGACGCGCUUCCUGGGCGUGCAGGAGCCCAUGCGCUGGAAGCUGGGCCUCCUGGGCCUGCAGCUGCUGGUGGGCUUCUUCCUGCCGCUGUGCUGCAUGAGCUUCUGCUACGCCUUCAUCCUCCGGACGCUGCUGCAGGCCCACAACGCCCAGCGGCACAAGGCCGUGCGCGUGGUGGCCGCCGUGGUGCUGGUCUUCCUGGCCUGCCAGAUCCCCUACAACACGGUGCUGCUGGUGAAGGCCGCCCAGCUGGGCCAGGUGGGCCGCUCCUGCCGCAGCGAGAAGCUGCUGGCCUAUGCGGCCACCGUGACCGAGGCGCUGGCCUUCGUGCGCUGCUGCCUGAACCCCGUGCUCUACGCCUUCGUGGGCCAGCGCUUCCGCUCCUACUUCCUGAAGCUGCUGAAGGACCUGCGGGGGGGCCGCGGGGCAGCGGCCGGCCGGCCCUGCUCCAGGCACGUCAGUGAGACCCCGGACGACAACGCCUCGUCCUUCACCAUGUGA